AAUCACCUGAGUUCAGAGAAAGUGAAACUGAAGUGUAGUUGAGCUGUUGUGUGUUUGUGUCUCUGUAUUCAUGCAGUAAAAUGGCAGAAGCCAAAAUUUCUCAGGAGGAGUUAAUGUGUCCAAUGUGUCUGGAUCUCCUGAAGGAUCCAGUGACCAUCCACUGUGGACACAGUUACUGUAAGAUCUGUAUUACAGGCUGCUGGGAUCAGGAGGAUAAGAAGAGAGUCUACAGCUGCCCUCAGUGCAGACAGACCUUCAGUCCAAGACCUGCUUUAGCUAAAAACACCAUUCUGGCUGAAAUGGUGGAGAAACUGAAGAAGAUUAAACUUCCUGCUGACUGUUACGCUGGAGCUGGAGAUGUGCAGUGUGACAUCUGUACUGGAAGAAAACACAAAGCCAUCAAGUCCUGUCUGGUGUGUCUGGAGUCUUACUGUCAAACUCAUUUUGACCGUCAUGAGGAAUUUCACUCUCGUAAGCCACAUAAAGUGACUGAAUCCACUGGACGACUGCAGGAGAUGAUCUGCCCGAAACACGACAAGAUCCUUGAGGUUUUCUGCCGCACUGAUCAGAAGUGUAUAUGUGUGCUGUGUAUGGAUGAACAUAAAAACCACAACACUGUAUCAGCUGUAGCACAGAGAACAGAGAAACAGCACCAGCUGAAGGAGACGCAGAGUUGGUUCCAGCAGAGGAUCCAGCAGAGAGAGAAAGAUCUUCAGCAGCUGAGAGAGGCUGUGGAGUCUCAUAAGCGCUCUGCACAGACAGCAGUGGAGGACAGUGAGAGGAUCUUCACUGAGCUCAUCCGCUCCAUUGAGAGAAGCCGCUCUGAGGCCACUCAGCUGAUCAGAGAUCAGGAAAAGACUGCAGUGAGUCGAGCUGAAGGACGACUGGAGCGACUGGAGCAGGAGAUCAAUGAUCUGAGGAGGAGAGACGCUGAGCUGGAGCAGCUUUCACACACACAGGAUCACAUCCAUUUCCUGCAGAGUUUCCAGUCUCUCUCAGCUCCUCCUGAAUCUACAGACGUAAAUGAUGAUCCCUUCAGUUCUCUCUCCUCUUUUGAUGGAGUGAGAGAAUCUGUCCGUCAGCUGAGAGACAAACUGGAGGAUUUCUGCAAAGAGGAGCUGAAGAAGAUCUCUGACAGAGUCACUUUCACCAACAUUGUUCCCAGAACCAGGAACGACUUCCUACAAUAUUCCCAUCAGCUCAAUCUGGAUCUGAACACAGUGAAUAAACUCCUCUGUCUGUCUGAGAGGAACAGAGUGAUUACUUACACUAACACAAAGCAGUCGUAUCCUGAUCAUCCAGACAGAUUUGAUUAUCUUCAGGUGUUGUGUAGAGAGAGUGUGUGUGGACGCUGUUACUGGGAGAUUGAGUGGAGUGGGAAAAAUUAUGUGUAUAUAUCAGUGUCAUAUAAGAGCAUCAGCAGGAAGGGACGGGGUAAAGAGUGUUUGUUUGGACGUAAUGAUCAGUCCUGGAGUUUGAUCUGCUCUUCCUCCAGUUACUCAUUCAGACACAAUAACAUAGAGACUAAACUUCCAGUAAAGUCCAUCAUCAGUAUAAUAGGAGUGUAUGUGGAUCACAGUGCAGGAACUCUGUCCUUCUACAGCGUCUCUGGAGACACAAUGAGCCUCAUCCACACAGUCCAGACCACAUUCACUAAACCCCUCUAUCCUGGGUUUUAUGUUUAUAAUGGAUCAGUGAAACUGUGUUGAUAAAUCAGAAUAGACUGCAAAAAAUGAAAUCUUGAUGAGUCUUGUUUUUUUUUCUUCUAAGAUAAAUAAACUAGCCUAGAAUUAAAAGUAAAAGAUUAAUUUGCUUGUUUUGAGCAAAUGUAACUUAAAUUUUCUUACUUAGAAAAAAUGGCUAAUUCUGGUGAUUUAUUUAAAUGAAUUAAGUAUCUUUUUAAAGUGUAUGGUAUAUUUUGACACAGUAAAUCCUGAAAACAGAAAUUUCAAGCCAUACUUUCUUAUUUUAAGAGCAUAAUGUUUCUUAUUUUUAGAAAACAAUGUUAGGAUAUUCUGACAAAGAUUUUUUUUUUUUAAAUUAUACUUUACAUUAUUUAACUUCAUUUGAACCAAAUGAGAAACAAGAAAGUAGCAAAUCAGAGAAGCAUAUUUUAUUCUGUGCUGACAACAGUGUGAAUUUAUAUUGAGAUGUCUUGUACAGCAAAAAGUAUCUCAUAAAUUGAACAUGCAGGUUUUUUUAACAAUAGCCAAGUACACAUAAGGAGCUGAACAAAUUUAAUUUGAACAAAAUGUCUCAUCUUUAAAUCUCUAUAGUCAGUAAGUAAAAUGGGGAUAAAAAAAUUAAAUACAAAUAUAAAAGAGGAAACUGACUGUGUGCUUUUUCACUUUUCUUUGUUCUCAUUUUAGCAGUUACUGGUGCACUUGUACAUUGCACACACAUCUCCGAGAUAAUACUUCAGAGGAAUAUAAGUAUGGUUCUUAAAACUGAGUGCAUAAUAUGAUGUAUAAUCUACAAUUGUGUCUGCAUCCACUAUCUCAGUGGCUUGAGCAAGGUUUGGGACAUCGAUUUCAUAAGAAGCAAACUCAUGACUGAAACCCACUGUGUCAUAAACCUGACAUUCAAAGCAAUACAAUGAGGAAUUUGCAAUGUACAGGUGCUGGUCAUAUAAUUAGAAUAUCGUGAAAAAGUUAAUUUUUUUAUUGUAAAUUAUUUUUAAAAA